GCCUUCUACCUGUGUAAAAUGACCCAUUCUGACAUGAACCACACCAUUCUGACGGUUGAGUAUUGAAACGAAAAUGAUUGGCAUCUUCGCUGUAUAGUGAAAAGCGUCCAGAGCUGAAUCCUCAACCAAUCUCUAUCCCAACCAUUGAGUAUAACUUAGGCGUGUCAGCGUGUGCCAUAUUUACCGGCAUCGUAAUCGUUUAUGAAGCUUAGCCGCAUCUUUCUUUCUUGUCUGCCAAAACACCUUGUGUAGUUACGGUCGAAGUCACUCGCGAAAAUGCCAAGGACGUACGUCGACAAUGCCUAUAACCGUAGUGUUGGAAGAGUAGGAUUGCCUGUUGGGUCUGCAGUCAUUUCCUCUGGCUCCUCGGCCAGUUCCUACAAUACCUCAUACGGGAGCGCGAGCUCUUCUGGCAGAACCUAUGUCGACAACUCUUUCAACCGUAGUGUGGGAAGAGUGGGGUUACCUGUUGGUUCUGCGGUCAUUUCAUCUGGCUCCACGGCAAGUCCGUCUAAUACCUCGUACGGGACUGCGAGCUCCUCAGGUAGAACCUACGUCGACAACUCUUUCAACCGUAGUGUGGGGAGAGUCGGCUUACCUGUUGGAUCUGCUGUCAUUUCCUCUGGCUCCACGGCAAGUCCGUCUAAUACCUCGUACGGGACUGCGAGCUCAUCAAGUAGAACAUACGUUGACAACUCUUUCAAUCGCAAUGUUGGACGAGUGGGAUUACCCGUCGGAUCUGCAGUUAAUUCUUCUGGCUCCAGUGCGAAUACCGCCUCUACUUCUUCGGGAAAAGUUUACGUUGACAAUGCACUUAACCGCCGUUUAGGUCGGGUUGGUCAGCCUCUUGGAUCUGCGGUCGUGCUUUCGAAUACACUAUCAAAUUCAUCCCGUUUCUGUGACAUCGACUUGAAAACGUACAUUGACGAUUGUACGAAAGCGAAUCUGUCGUCGCACAGACAAGGAAGAAAGGGGCCUGGCUGCUCGAGGUCAGCUACUUCGAAAUCACUUGGAGUCGUCUACCGACAUCUAUUGAGUAUUCCUCAAGAAGACUUGGAUCUGUCUACCGAAGACUUGACUGAAAACGAAAUAAACUAUGCUGUCGACCGGGUGCUGCAGCAUUUCACUCGAGCUAUGGAAAUUGAGAAGUGGAAAAAUGAUUCAAAACUUGAUCAAGAUCCCAAGACAUCAACAAACAUCAUCACGAAUUUCCUAGGGAACAGUAUCAAGUACGAAGACAUUGAGCUUCGCAGUAUCAUUGGUAUUGGAGCCUUCGGUGUCGUUUAUGUCGCUAAGUACUUAGGGUCCAUCAUCGCUGUCAAGAAGCUGUGUGUCCAACGCGUCUCUAAGAAAAUGCAAACAAAAUUCAACGAAGAGGUCGGAGUUUUGUCUAAACUGAAUCAUCCCAACAUAGUAAAGUUUAUAGGAGCUUGCGUAGUUUCUCCUAACUUGUGCAUCUGUAUGGAAUACAUGAAGAUGAGUCUUCAUGAAGCUCUGCACAUGGAAGAAAUGAGUUUCUCCGAGGCCCAAAAGUUUUCGAUGAUUUGUCAUGUCGCCCUUGGGCUUGAGUACCUCCACUCGCAGGGUGUUGCUCACUGUGACAUCAAAUCCCAAAAUGUCCUGAUUGAUUUCAACGAAAAAUCUAUGGACGAUUCUUUAACUGCAAAGCUGACCGACUUUGGCCUUUCUAUGAUGAAGAAUAAUUCUGAGUCAGUUUCAACUACGAGUGAAUGCCGUGGCAACAUCGGCACUCCCCGAUAUAGUGCGCCAGAAGUCUUACGAGGCGAAAUGCUCAACAUUCCUGCGUGGAUGGCGGCCGAUGUUUAUUCACUAUCUUUGGUUGUAUUUGAAAUCGUAUGUGGUGAGGAACCGUUUGAUACUUUGAACGUUUAUCAACUAAGGAAGGAAGUUGGAGAAAAACGUUUAACCCCGCAAGUCAGCGAUGAUCUGCAUGUAGAAACUUGGCUGCAGCAACUUUUCGAUAUGUGCUGGAGUAGAGAUUCAAAGAAACGGCCAUCUGCUACGGGCUUCAAGCUUAACUUUGCCGGUAAACCUAACCUGUACCUUAAAACUUGAAAGGUUUUCCAUUGUUUUUGGACGUUCCUGAGUUAGGUAUGUUGACUAAAUGGAAUUCUUGUCAAAUGAAUACAAGGAAAAUUUCAUAUUUUCGUACCUUUUCUCAUAUGCAGGGAAGCUAUUCAAAUUGUUACAAGUUCAAGUUUAUUAAUAGUUAUAUUCUCUUAUCUUCACGGAAGCUAUUCUAAUUGUUACAAAUUCAAGUUUAUUACCAGUUGUUAACAAUAAUUUAAAAGCAAGGAAAAC